CAGCCUCGCAGGCUUACGGAGGGGGAGUACUCGUCAGCCAAAGUUCGGUUCCGGAGGGGAAACGGGUUCCUGAGCCAUAGGGAGUAUACGGAGUCGCACCCUGGACCUGGGAUCCAUACCCUAACGCAGUAGGCAAUGACCUCACGGAUGACACCCUUGCAUCGGCCUUCAAGGUCCUUCCCUUUUGGGUUGUCCAGGGCAACUGGCGCCCGGAGAUCGGCGCAACGUUGGGCCGACCGACGCAAGCCCCGCCUUUCCCUCUUUUGGCCCCGCCCCUCUCGACCUUUUUCUUUUCUUCUCCUCUUCUGCUCCUCUGCUCUUCUCUUCGGUCAUCAUCCCUCCCCCUUACUCUUUCAUCCCAUCUAUUUCUCCUUUUACACUCCGCUGUAAACAAUCAUCAUGGCUGCCCCCGCUCAGACGUUCAAGGUCGCCGACAUCUCUCUGGCCGCCUUCGGUCGCCGUGAGAUCGAGCUCGCCGAGAUUGAGAUGCCCGGUCUGAUGGCCAU